CUUCUCUCUCUCUCUCUCUCCUUCCACUAGGUGCAGAACUCAAAGAAUUAACUCUCUCUCUCUCUUCUCUCUCAACUUCGAAUAUCGGUGUAAAUCCUUGGUCAGAAGUUGCACCAUAAUCCCAGUCUCUAGGACUUUGAUGAAAGAGCGAGUGAUGAUGGAGAACAUCGACAAGUCCACAUCGUUACUGUUCUCCGAAUACUACGGACACGGAGGCCUGUCGGAUUUCGUCACCUCCGAGGCCGAGAAGAGCACGAUGCCGGGCUCGCUGGGCUUCAUGGAGCUCCUGGGGCUCCACCAAGACUCCAGCCCUUCGCUGUUCGACGUGCUGCUCCAGCCUCCGAUCAGUAAUGCGAUGGACUCGUCGUCGGAGGUCGUGAACCCGCCGGCGACGCCCAACUCCUCUUCCAUAUCCUCCGCGUCCAACGACGGGCUGGGCAACAACGACGAUGAGCAGCAGGUCAAGGCGAUGGUUGAAGACGAAGGAGUAGAGAAACAAGAGCAAGAAGAGCAUCGGAAGACUAAAAAGCAGUUGAAAGCGAAGAAGACGAACGAGAAGAGACAGAGGCAACCCAGAGUCGCGUUCAUUACAAAAAGCGAGGUUGAUCAUCUGGAAGAUGGUUACCGAUGGCGAAAGUACGGCCAAAAAGCUGUCAAGAACAGCCCCUUUCCUAGGAGUUACUAUCGUUGCACUAGUGCCUCAUGCAAUGUGAAGAAGCGAGUCGAGCGGUCGGUGAGCGACCCGAGCAUCGUGGUGACCACCUACGAGGGCCAGCACAACCACCUGAGCCCGGUCAUGCCCCGGUCGAUCCUCGCUGGAGUGCCCCCUCCUCCCGCCGGUGCCGCUGCUGCCUUCUCCGUGCCCGCGAUGCCAGGAGCGAAUUUAACCCAACAUCAUGCUCAUCACUAUCAACAACACUACUAUGCCAACAACUGGUCAACGAGCAACAACAAUGCGGUGGUUCCAAGUUCAGGGUCAACAAAUGCGGCUGUGUUCUUGAAUAAGAGGCGUUUUUGCAGUCCGGGCCCCUCGAAUUUUCUUGCAGACCACGGGCUCCUUCAAGACAUGGUUCCUUCUCAUGUCCUCAAGGAGGAAGAGUAGUAGUAGAUAUGACAUAUUGACAAUACUAUUCUUUUCUUUUCUUCACUGAUGAAUGACAGAAGAUGAGAGAGGGAAGCGCGGGUGAUGGACUUUCCAUUGAUCACUUACUGCGUUCAUGACAUGUAUUGUAAUGUUGCUCAUGCAGAGAGUAAUUUAGGCACUAA